AUGGAAAAACAGCCGCAAAAAAAAUGUUGUCCCAACUCCGGCGACGGCAGAAUCUCCGAACUGCCACAACCCUUAUUGCACAACAUUCUCGCUUUCCUCUCCCAAGAGGAGGCGACCAGAACCAGCGUUUUGUCCAAAUCAUGGCGUUCUAUUGGCCCUACUCGCCCCAAAAUCGAGUUUAAUGAAGCGUGCUACGAAGGGAACCAUGAAAAGUUCCUGUCCAAUUUGGACAGUACGCUACAAUUUUACCAUGGCCGGGAAAUUUGCUUGCAAGAAUUCAUAUUGCAUGUAAGCAUAAUUAAUACUAAUUCUGUUUCUCUUCUCGCAAAAUGGGUCCCUAUCGUCUUGCUCGAUAUGGGCGUUAAGAGGUUCCAUCUGAUUUCCAUCUCGAACUACUUUGAUUUGCCGUCGAUCGUCUUUGAAGCUGAAACCCUUGAGGAUUUGCAUCUCAAGAGAUACAGAAUUGAAUCGUUUGAGAAUGUACGUUUAUGGCAUCUGCGUAAAGUUUCCUUCUUCGAGGUCAGCAUUGCAGAAGAACAUUUGCGGAAAAUAAUAUCAAGUUGCCCCUUGAUCGAACACUUGGCCUUUGAUACCUGUUAUGGUUUCACAACAAUUGAGGUUCAAAAUACUAAUCUCAAACACUUUGAAUACACCAAUUUGAAAGGGUAUUUUACUGUCACUAUCAAAAUCGACGCCCCAAAUGUAGAGAGCAUAAGUAUUGUGGGAUAUGCUAGUUGGCUUCUCCAUGGGAAGACCUUCCCUUGUCUCAAGUCCCUGUGUCUCGAGCAAUGCAGAAUUGAUUCCGUGGAGAAGGUUCUUUCUUGGCAUCUUCGUAAACUUUCCUUCUCUUUGGUCGACAUUAAAGACGAACAUUUGCAGAAGAUAAUGUCGAAUUGCCCCCUGAUCGAACACUUGGCCGUUGAGGCUUGUCAUGGUAUCACAAAAGUUGAGGUUCAUAAUUAUAGUCUCAAACACUUUGAAUACCAUCGUUCGGUGUACUGUUCUGAAGGCACUAUCAAAAUCGAAGCGCCAAAUAUAGAGAGCAUCAAGAUUGUGGGACGUUCGAAUUGGCUUUACAAUGGGAAGACCUUCACGUGUCUCAAGUCCCUGCUUCUGGAAUGUAUGGUGCUCACCCAGAAGGACUUCGAUAGCUUCUCGGUUGAUUUUUGCUGUCUUGAGGAUUUGAAAAUACACUUCUGCAGCGGCUUUGACAUUUUCCAGCUCUCAAGCCAUUCGAUUAAGCGGUUGCAUCUUGCGGUGGAUGGCCCCACCAAGGCAGCUAUUGACCUCCCGAAUAUAUGUUGUUUUGAAUUGCUUUGUGAAUAUUUCCCCUCAAUCACAUUGACAACGAAUUCCAGUGAGUGGAGGUCACUCAUACUCUUGAAGCGUGAACUGAUUACUAAAAGUGAAACUUCGUUGGUUUAUGUCAAGUUAAACGAACUGCUUAGGGCAUUGAAUCAUUCUAGGAUUCAUCUGCACAUGAGGGGUUUUCCUCUGGAGGUACCACAUGGUUAUGGGGGUUUUGGAGAACCUGCCGUGAUUGAAAGCUUGGGUGUUGCUUACCGUCGUCCUUGUUCUUCCCUUGAAGCUUCUUUAAAUUAUUUUUUUGGUAGUUUUCGGCCGAGAUACAUAGAACAGUCUAUCUAUCCUCUUUCAGUGACUGAAGAGUAUGAUGAAGAGAAUGAAGAUAUCAUGGCUGAUUUGUAUGCUGAGGAACAGGCAGCUAAUCGCUUAAUGGAUCACUGGUAUGCCGUUCAAGCAGGAAUAGCCGAUGAAGUCAUGGAUUUGCCAGCAGUUCCAGAGAGCAAUCAGUAUGGGGAAGCCAAUGAACUCAUUGAUCGUUUGUGGAUCUUCCUCAUGAAGAAAGAAAGGGAGGACCGCAUUUGGCAGCAGGAUUUAGAGGAAGUAAGUGUGGAGGCCUAUGGUCGAAAUGGAGUCGAAUGGCGGCGUGUGCAAAGUAAGGAUUUAUCCCAAUUGGAGUUGCCGAACAAUGUUGAUCAGAAGAUACGCUUUCAACUUAAAUGGAGAGAGUGA